AUGGAAGAAGCUUAUGCUUCAACAAUGGAAGAAGUGGUUGUUGUACCUGAAUGUUCUUCACAUUUGAAGCCAGCGGUUGGGCAGAAGUUCAAAUCACUAGAUUUUUGUUUUGCGUUCUACGAUGUGUAUGCCCGUGCUGUUGGUUUUGAUACGCGCAAAUCACAAAUGAGGAAAACCGAUGGUGUUAUUACUUGGUAUAAUGUUGUAUGCAAUAGGGAAGGCAACAAGAGGUCGAGCGAGGAUGACCAAGCGAAUGCACGGUCUGGAGUUUCAGGUUAUAUUAUCGAGGAGUUCAACGAGGUUCAUAACCAUUAUAUGGUUGAGACACAACAUCAGCGGUUUAUGACAAUUAAUCGAAAGUUGGACGACCUCGUUGGUUUCAAUGUUGGGGAUAUAAGGAAUGCUUCACGUGACAUCAAAGCAUACGCACAUGGUAUUGACGUACAAAUGGUUUUGGAUGAUAUGGCUAAGAAGAAGGAGAUGUCCGAGGCAUUCACAUAUGAGUACGAGGUUAAUUCUAGUAACCAGUUGGUUGCUCUGUUCUGGUGUGAUGGUUUGAUGAAGAGGAAUUACCACAUGUUCGGUGAUAUUGUGGCUUUGGACACCACCUACAACACCAAUAGGUAUUGUAUGAUCUUCGCGCCAUUUACGGGAAAGGACAAUCAUGGACGACCAGUAACUUUCGUUGCUGGUUUGGUAAGCAACGAGAAGAAAAACGCUUAUGCAUGGUUGUUUAGACAUUUUGUCCAAUGUAUGAGGGUUGCUCCGAAGAUGAUCAUUACAGAUCAAGAUUUGGGGAUGAGAUCAACUAUUGAAGAGAUUCUUGUCGGGACUCGCCACAGAUGGUGUAUAUGGCAUAUCAUGCAUAAGUUAGCCAAUAAAGUUCCUGGUCGGUUAUUGAGGGACGAAGAUUUCAAGAAAGAGUUCAAUGCAUGUGUCUGGUCGGACCUGCUUGAACCCGACGAGUUUGAAGAAGAGUGGAAUGGAGUAGUUGAGCGUUAUGGCCUGGAAGAACACAGUUGGUUCAAGACGUUGUACGAGUAUAGGCAAUUAUAG